AAGGAGAUUGGCGCGCAACACCACCUCUAUUAAACCCCCACCCCCUUUUUAGGGUUUUACAAUUUUGCAGAUUAUUUAUACCUAAACUCCUCCUCCGACAGAAUCCCUACUCUUUCGUCCAUGGCAUGAAACCGUAUUGCAUUGCACCCCGGACCCAUUUCGGACCCCUGAAUCCCAGACCCGAACCCGCGACAUCACCCAUGGCUUUCUCCACCGGACUUCGUUUGCUCCGCUGUCACCCGCACUCCCUCUCAUUCUGCCGUCCGUCCCCACCACGUCUGCUGCUAGCUAGACGGGUCUCGGAGCUCCGGUUUCUCUACGCCGUGGCCCCACACCACCGCAGUAGGUUCUUUUCCGUCCAAGCUUCUGCGAGGGCUGAGGAGGAGGAUGUAGAGGAAAAUGGGAGUGUUGUUGCUGUGAGGGAUGGAGGCGGAAAUGGUGGGGAAGGAGGCGAGGGUAGAAUUGUUAUAUCUGAGCUGCACAAGGAGGCCACCGAGGCUUACAUGGCGUACGCAAUGUCAGUGCUCUUGGGCCGAGCGCUGCCGGAUGUCCGAGACGGGCUUAAGCCAGUUCACCGGAGAAUACUAUAUGCAAUGCAUGAGUUAGGCCUAUCGUCAAGGAAACCUUAUAAGAAGUGUGCAAGAGUAGUUGGUGAGGUUCUUGGUAAGUUCCAUCCACAUGGAGACAAUGCUGUCUAUGAUUCAUUGGUUCGGAUGGCUCAGGAUUUCUCCUUGCGUUCUCCACUCAUUCGUGGGCAUGGGAAUUUUGGCUCUAUAGAUGCAGAUCCUCCUGCAGCAAUGCGCUACACGGAGUGCAGACUGGAGGCACUCGCUGAGGCAAUGUUGUUGGCAGAUCUGGAACAAGAUACAGUGGACUUUGUUCCAAACUUUGACAACUCACAAAAAGAACCAUCUUUGCUUCCUGCUCGCAUUCCAAACUUGUUGCUGAAUGGUGCUUCGGGGAUCGCGGUUGGAAUGGCAACAAAUAUUCCGCCACAUAAUCUUGGGGAGUUGGUAGAUGCACUCUCUGUGUUGAUUCACAAUCCUGACGCAACGUUGCAAGAAUUGCUUGAGUACAUGCCUGGACCUGACUUCCCAACUGGAGGAAUAGUCAUGGGCAAUAUUGGUAUUUUAGAGGCAUACCGAACUGGACGAGGGCGUGUGGUAAUCAGAGGGAAGACGGAUGUUGAGUUACUGGAUUCCAAAAGCAAGCGUUCAGCAAUUAUCAUAAAAGAGAUUCCAUAUCAGACCAACAAAGCGUCCCUUGUUGAGAAAAUUGCUGAGCUUGUGGAAAAUAAGAGUUUGGAAGGAAUAAGUGAUAUACGUGAUGAGAGUGAUCGAUCUGGAAUGCGCAUAGUCAUUGAGCUUAAGAGGGGUUCAGAUCCAUCCAUUGUCUUGAAUAAUCUAUAUCGUCUGACAGCUCUGCAAUCCACAUUUAGCUGCAACAUGGUGGGGAUUCUCAAUGGCCAACCGAAACAAAUGGGAUUGAAGGAACUGCUUCAGGCAUUUUUGGAUUUUCGAUGCUCUGUGGUCGAAAGGCGUGCUAAAUUUAAACUAUCUCAAGCUCAAGAUCGCUAUCAUAUUGUUGAGGGCAUUAUAGCAGGACUUGAUAAUCUGGACAGGGUAAUUGACAUAAUCAGGAAAGCUUCUAGUCAUGUCGUGGCAGCAACUAAUUUAAGAGAAGAGUUCAACUUGUCUGACAAGCAAGCGGAAGCGAUACUGGAUAUAAGCCUCCGAAAGCUAACGUCUCUUGAGAAAAACAAGUUUAUUGAUGAAGGAAAAUCUUUAUCAGAACAAAUUUCCAAGCUGCAGGAGCUUCUUUCAAGUAAAGAAUUGAUACUUGAGUUGAUAGAAGACGAAGCAAAGGAAAUAAAGAACAAGUUUUCUACUCCAAGGCGUUCAGUGCUGGAGGACACUGAUAGUGGGCAACUUGAAGAUAUAGAUGUUAUCCCAAAUGAAGAAAUGCUACUGGCACUUAGUGGAAAAGGCUAUCUGAAAAGAAUGAGGCCUGAUACUUUCAAUCUCUGAUUUCCUUGUAUGUCGUACCCACGACCACGUUCUGUACUUCAGUGAUAAGGGAAUAGUUUACUCUGCUCGUGCCUAUAAAAUUCCUGAAUGCAGCAGGGCUGGGGCUGGCACACCUUUAGUCCAAAUCUUGUCCCUAUCUGAUGGUGAGAGAAUUACUUCAAUAAUUCCAGUCAGCGAAUUUGAAGGAGACCAAUAUCUUAUGAUGCUAACAAUGAAGGGAUAUAUUAAGAAAGUUUCUUUGAAUUAUUUCUCAUCAAUAAGGUCGACCGGAAUCAUAGCAAUUCAACUGGUACCUGGUGAUGAACUGAAAUGGGUGAGGCGUUGUACAAAUGAUGAUUAUGUGGCCAUGGCCUCACAUAAUGGGAUGGUGAUUUUGAGCCCUUGUGAGAAUAUUCGGGCACUUGGAAGGAAUACUAGAGGUGGAGUUGCCAUGAGAUUGAAACAAGGGGAUAAAAUGGCAAGCAUGGACCUAAUACCUGCAUCUCUGGGCAAAAUGUUGGAGAAAUGCUCAGAAACACAGCAUACCCAUGGCAGGGGCUCCACUGGUCCUUGGCUAUUGUUCAUAUCUGAGAGUGGCUAUGGGAAACGAGUUCCUCUUGCUAGUUUCCGGAUGUCACGACUAAAUAGGGUUGGUUUGAAAGGUUACAAGUUUUCUUUGGAAGAUCGCCUGGCAGCUGUAUUUGUUGUAGGGUUCUCUGUAGGAGAGGAUGGAGAAAGUGAUGAACAAGUGGUGCUGGUCAGCCAAAGUGGAACAGUGAACAGGAUUAAAGUACGGGACAUCUCCAUUCAGUCUCGCUUCGCAAGAGGGGUGAUUCUGAUGCGCCUUGAGCAUGCUGGAAAAAUUCAAUCGGCUUCGUUAAUAUCAGAAACAGAAAAAGAAUCUGAGGAACUUCAGGAGGUUGCAGCGUGACUCAACACAGGUAUCCGAAUUCAGUUCUUCUCUGAGACUGCAUAGAAUAUGUCUGUACCUUUUGUUGAGCUUUGCAUAUAAACUUGUAAAGUCGCCUGAGAUUUUGCGAUAACUUUUACGAGUUGUAGAUAUCCUUGGGUCCCUUGUUUCCUUCUCUAUAUUCUGUAGCUAGGUUGUUCUUGUAAUGGUCUGUCUCCAGCUAACUUUUGCAGUGCGGCCUUUUGAAAUUGUUGCUAAACCACUCUUAGACUGCAGUAAUGGGAAAGAUUCUUUUGCUUCUA